GAAGUUCAAAACAUCCUCGCUCUGCAGAAUGUAGACACACCCUUGAAGGGCGGUCUGAACACACCGUUGCAAGAAACGGACUUCUCAGCGACACCCAGCUCUGUCGGUUCCUUCACACCUGGAGCAGGAGGUGCGACACCGGCAUUCCGCGACCAGAUGGGUAUCAAUGAAGGAGGUGCAACAGGUGGAUUAGAGGCUCGAGCAGAACUGCGAAGAGCUUUGGCUUCCCUGCCAGAGCCACGCAAUGACUAUGAAAUCGUUGCGCCGGAUGGUGAAAGUGAGGAAGCCGAAGAACAAGAGGAAAAUGGAGAGGAAUGGGUUGAUGACGCGGCUGAUGCAAAAGAAGCUCGUGCUAAACAGCGUGCUCUUAAGAGACAGCGUGAAUUGGCAGCCAGAACUCAGGUUAUCCAGCGUUCCCUUCCGAAGCCGUCGAAAGUAUGCGACGCUGCUUUCAAGCCUUCGUUGAACAGAACGGAAAUGGCAAGGGCUGAUGACUUGAUCAAAGCGGAAAUGGCCCGGUUGGUAGCAUGGGAUGUCCAGGAUCAAGCUCCCAGUGAAGUGUAUGACGAAAGUGUUAUCAAGAAUGCAUCAGAGAUGAUUACUAAGAACUGUGAUGAGGGCCCUCCUUUGGACGCAUCGAUGUGGGCCGUUAUAGAGCAAUGUAGUUCGGAAUUGGUUCAAAGUCGUGGCAAAUUCACGAGGAUUGCAGUGUUGUCCCGUGGAGAUCAGAUUGAGGCGUUGCAUUCUCAGUUUCAGGUU